AUGGACAGCUCAACGCAGCGCCCCGGCGCCACACGUGCCUCUCGCCUGCCAGUCCCUCCGGCUUCUCCAGCUCGCCCUCCGGCGGCUGCACCUGCGGGCCCCGCCGGCACCACCGAACUUCACAACCCCAAGGUGCGCAAGUCGCUUGGUGGCACACCACUCAGACCGGCUGCUUCUCGAGAACAGCUCCGUUCAGCAAGCAUCAGCCGCCCGCCAGCACCAAGACCACCCGGUGGACGAAUUUCUUCGACUUCCCAGAGACGUACGAGUCUCUUCGUUGACCGAGUCCCCAGCAGGGCCUCUGCGCCUACCGAUCCCUACGGCGAUGAGCUUACAAGCAACCGCCGAGUCAGCCGAGCCGGGCUGCUUCCGGAUGAUGACGAUGCAUCGCCAAUUGAAGAACAGACGCUUGAUAGCCCUACCGAGGAUGCGAAUUAUCUUCGAACACCGAACACACAGUCCAGAAAACCUCGGCCGUCACUGAGUGAACGCACGAUGGAGACCCUCGCUAACAUACCUUCGUCGCCGGCGCUCAGCCGAAAAUCUUCGUCAUUCUUCGACCCCGCCCGACCUCGCUCACGUUCAGGCAGUGUCAGCUCCAGGCCUGGCUCCAGUUACAACUCUGAUGGCUCCGGGCGCCCUCCGUCGAGGUCUUCCAGCCGUCCCGGUUCCAGAGCUGACAACGAGGGGUACCCCGGGGCAUACAAAUCUGCUCUUUCCACGAUCCAUGGUACUCCGGAGAAAGUCGGAGACAAGCGCCUCAGCAAGACGCCCAAAUCGCGUAUUGGAAUGAAGCCAUCUCUGGCAUCGGUCUCUAAGUCAUUGCCAGUCGAAAGAAGCCCGAGCCCCGACAAACAAUUCACACCGACGCCGCUUAAGUCGCGCCCUACGCCGAUGAAAUCGCUCAAGCCAAAAGCAUCCUCUAAUGGUCUCUUCAAAAAACCGGCCCUACCAGCGAGCAAAAAUGCGUCCACUUCGGAACUUGGGGAUCAGUCUUCCUGGGAUGGCGGUAUUGCUCCUCUAGCACCAGCCAAAAACCGCAAUGCUGCCUCAGAAGAUCGUCCAGGUCUCGCACAUAGAAAGUCAUCUGCUGCACUCCGCGAUCAGAUUGCAAAGGCAAAGGCUGCCCGGAAAGUUUCCUCCAAGUUGGAAGCGCCUCCGAGCUCGGAUUUUGUUCCCAUUUCUAUGGGUGGCGGCAUGGACUUUGGCAUUGAAGAACACCCUGACCCGUUCGGCCAGAGUAAGAGCGAACCGGCUGGUGCCAAGGUGCUCCAGCAGCGCAUCGCCACCGGUCGAACAAGUGGUCGUCUAAACAUUUCCGCGCUGGGCCUCAAGGAGAUGCCUGCCGAGGUUCUCAACAUGUACAACCUGGAAGCCAUGUCUGGUGGCGGUAGUUGGGCUGAGAGCGUUGAUUUGACUCGCCUGGUUGCCGCUGAUAAUCAGUUUGAGAGUCUGGAUGACGUGCUGUUUCCUGACACGAUACUCGAUGAAUUCGAUAUGGACAAUGACGAAGAUGCGCCACCCAACAUCUUUGGUGGUUUAGAAACGAUGGACUUUCAUGGUAACAAGCUCGCAGCAGUGCCUCUCGGAUUUCGCCGUCUGAGUCAACUUACAUCCCUUAACCUGUCCAAGAAUAAUCUCGACAACAACUGUCUUCAGAUACUUUCACAAAUGACAGCCCUUAGAGACCUGAAGCUCGCUAGCAAUAGUCUUUCUGGCCCCUUGAAUGCCGCCAUCUCUCUACUUGAUGGACUUGAAGUCCUGGAUCUGCAUGAUAACAAGCUGUCCUGCCUUCCUGAGGACAUGCACAAGAUGAGCCGUCUUCGGAUACUGGAUCUGGCUGAAAACAACUUCGAGUCCAUCUCUUUUGCUGCUAUUGCGGGUCUGCCUCUAAGCCAACUUGUCCUUCGAAAGAACAGGUUGACUGGCACAUUGAUUGAAGACCCCAUCGACGCAAUGCGUACACUACAGACACUCGACAUCUCUUGUAAUCAAAUCAAAUACUUGCUGCCAUCUGCCGCAGUGGUCAGCUUCCCUGCCUUGCAUACGCUGUCGGCGUCUAUGAACAGGCUGCAGGAGCUGCCAGACAUGUCAUCCUGGCCGAGUUUGCUCACUUUGACUGUUGAUGAGAACGGAAUUGGAGCUAUUCAUGAAAGCUUUAUGAGCCUCACAAAGCUACGCCAGGUUGACUUUUCCGGAAACGACAUCCGCGUGGUGCCUCCAGAGCUGUCGAGAAUGGAUAGCCUUUCCAUGAUUCGACUCAGUGGCAAUCCACUUCGCGACAAGAAAUUUGUCACAGCUACGACGGAUGAGCUCAAGGAAAUUCUCGCUGGCAGACUGGAGCCUCCACCUCCCUAUCAAGAACAGGGCGAGAAUGUUGUCGGCAUCAUGGGAAAGCUGGCGGAAGUUGAUAAAAUGCGGGCGACUAACCGACAUUUUGUUGAUGACGACGGCAAGUCUGACGCCGAAGACGAUUUUACAACGCCCCCAACAUCUCGUCCCCAGUCACCGUCACGGUCUCGCUCGCAAACCAUGGACAGUGUCCAGACACAGUUUCACAUGCCUGCACUCGAGGAUUGGCAAGUCAAAGCAGGUGGAGUCCUCGACCGGUCUCGCACAGGUAGUUCCGUGCUGGAUGCCGUCAAGUGCGCCGAAGCCAACGACAAGCAAACAGUAAGACAGUUGCUGCUUCAUCAUAAUAUUUUUUCUGCCCUGCCAGAGGGUUUGGGGGUGUUUUCGAGAGGCCUCACGUCGCUCUCAUUGGCCAACAACCAGCUUACUGGAGCGAAGUAUUUGCAGCAGCCUCUUGAGUUGCCUGUUUUGAAAGAACUUAACCUGACUGCAAACAGAAUAACAUCGCUGGAGCCCCUUCUGGAGUACCUUGACGCUCCUUCUCUUGAGACGCUUGAUGUAUCUACGAAUCGCUUGACAGGCCUGCCUCUAGGCCUUUUGGACAAGUUCCCACGUCUACGCGUUUUGUUUGCGAGUCACAACCAAAUUGCAGAACUUCGCUCCGACUCCAUCAAGGGUUUGAAGAUUGUGGAAGUUGCCAACAAUGAGAUUGGUCAGUUGGAGCCCAGGAUUGGUCUUCUCGGCGGUGCCGGCGGCCUGGAGCGCCUUGAUGUUACUGGCAACAGAUUCAAGGUACCUAGGUGGAACAUUUUGGAGCAAGGAACACAUGCGACUCUGCACUGGCUGCGUGGACGCGUCCCGGAAGAAGAAAUGGAGCGCUGGAGAGAGCAAAAUGGCGACGACGAUUAG